AUGCCUGCGAUUGCGCCUGCUGAUAGUGAAGAGCCACCACUGUCGCUCGAGAGUGGGCUGUCUGUGGGCGUGGCCGAGGACAAAGAGCCAGUGCUGGUCGGAGUGUAUGUACCCGUUAUCGUUCCGGCGUCUGUGUUCGGGGGCAGGGUAGAAGAGGGCGUGGCUUACGUUAUGGGAAAGAUAACGCCAGUUGGGAUCACAGAUGAAGGUCCUGCCGUUGAUCCACAGCCACCAUAG